AUGAGUAAAACUCAUAGCCAUGGUCCUAUUUUUCAAAACUCAAAACUUGCUACCAUUGCCCCUGGCCGAAUCUUCUUUCGCUCAAAACAUAUCGACUAUACUCAGAAAUAUGCAGAGAAACUGAAGCGCAAGGCACAAGAAGAAGGUGUUGCCACUGUGGAGGAAUUGAAGGCAAAACUUUUACCAGCCACACAAACUGCUUUUAAGAAGGUACAGCUUCAGGAGUCGAAGCCUUCAUCCACUGUCGCUGAAUCAGCAGUUGAAAAAAAAGGACAGAUCAAGAAUGCAGAACCUUCUGCGAAGCUACAUCCAGCCCCAGAAUCAGGAAGUCCGUCAUUGGAUAAGCUUAUGAAGCUUGACUUGAUUCAAGACUUGGACCCAGAGAGUAUCAGUAAGAUCUGGAUCCAGAAACAUAUGGAUCAAGAGGACACCAUCUCAGCGGCCGUACCUGCUGAUACUUACAAGAAGAUGCUGAGCCGAUCCAAAGAAUAUCCAAUGUUCCUAUUGCCAUUGUCCCAUGGUGAUGGUGUAGAGUUUUACUUGAUGCAAUUUGCAUUUCAUCAAGUGAUCUUUACCUCUUUACUGGAGUACAAAACCCAUGGCGAGAAUGCAAGGCCAUUUUUGACAUUGACUCAUUAUCCAGAAUUAAUUGAUUCCAAAGGAAUCGUCCUCAUGAAUGGCUCCGUCUCCACGCAUCCCCGCGUCCUCACUGUCGACCAAGCCCAGAUUUUGAUCUUUGGCAUGCAGCAAUACUAUGUCAGCGAUCACAAGGAGAAAUACCAAUUGUUGCAGGAUUUCCAUAAACGACCAGAUCAAUUCUCACAUCAAAAACUCAUAGACUUGACUGAAAUCUCUGGAUAA